AUGUCUGCCACAAGCAUUGACCCUCAGCGAUCAAAGGGACAAGCUUCUAAAGUGCAAAAUGGUUCACUGCAUCAGAAGGAGACUGUCCACGACAAUGACUUUGAGCCAUACCUCACUGGUCAAUCAACUCAGGUAAAUGCUAUUUAUAGAAACAACAGCUAUCAGUCCAUAACCGACCCUUACCUGUCUAGUUACUACGCUCCCUCCAUUGGCUUUCCGUACCCCCUCAGUGAGGCUCCUUGGUCCACAGGUGGCGACCCUCCCAUUCCAUACCUCACCCCCUACGGACCCUUGAGCAAUGGAGACCAUCAUUUCAUGCCGGAAACAGUGUUUGGCCAACCAGGUGGUCUGGGAAGCAGCAUUUACCCCCACAGGUUUAAUUUUUUCCCUGAAAAUCCCGCGUUCUCCGCUUGGGGGACAAGUGGCUCCCAGGGUCAGCAGACUCAAAGCUCAGCCUACGGUAGCAGUUACAGCUACCCUCCAAGCUCCCUCGGAGGCACCCUUGUACCUGAUGGUCAGACUGGCUUUCACAGUGACACACUGAACAAAGCCCCUGGUAUGAACAGCCUGGAACAGGGCAUGGUUGGUUUGAAGAUUGGAGGGGAUGUCACCGGCCAGGCUUCCACCGUCAAAGCUGUUGGCUCAGUGAUUGGCGGAGCGGCCACAGGGAAUGGAGCCACGCCCAUUGGGAUGCCCCCACCAAAACCCACCUCUUGGGCAGCUAUUGCCAGCAAGCCCGCCAAGCCACAGCAGCUGAAAGCUAAGGUGAAGCCUGGGAUGGCCAAUCCGGGGGGAGGUCUUCCCCCGCCGCCCAUCAAACACAACAUGAACAUUGGCACCUGGGAAAAGGGACCGGUUACAAAAGUCGCCACGGCCACACUGCAGCAGCAGCCCCAGCCUCUCGGUCUGCCGCACGGCAUUUCCCAUCAAACCCCCAUGCAGCCUCCUCCACCUCAGUCUAUGGUGCAGCCUCAGAUGCAACCCAUGGCCUUACAGCACCAACCGCCCCAUCACCAGCACCACCCGCAACCCCCCCAGCCCUACCAAAAUCACAACCAGCCCCCGCAACCCCAAACCCGUUGGGUGGCCCCACGCAACCGCAACCAAGCCUACGGGCAGGGUCCCGGUCAUGAUGGCAGUGGGAUGAUGGGUAUGCUUGGUAGCGCCAACUGCGGCCCCCAAACCUGUGCCAGCCAGGGACCUGGUGGCGAGUCCCACCCAGUGCUGGAGAAGCUUCGUGCCUCCCACAGUUAUAACCCUAAGGACUUUGAAUGGAACCUGAAGAAUGGGCGUGUUUUUAUCAUUAAGAGUUACUCUGAGGAUGAUAUCCAUCGCUCCAUCAAGUACUCCAUCUGGUGCAGCACGGAGCACGGCAAUAAGCGACUGGACUCGGCCUUCCGGGCCAUGAACGGCAAAGGCCCAGUGUACCUGCUUUUCAGCGUCAACGGCAGCGGUCAUUUCUGCGGUGUGGCCGAGAUGCGGUCGCCUGUGGACUAUGGCACCAGCGCCGGCGUUUGGGCGCAGGACAAGUGGAAGGGCAAGUUUGAUGUAGACUGGUUGUUUGUUAAGGACGUGCCUAAUAGCCAGCUGCGUCACAUCCGCCUGGAGAACAACGACAACAAGCCAGUGACCAACUCCCGCGACACCCAGGAGGUCCCUCUAGAGAAGGCGAAGCAGGUGCUCAAGAUCAUUGCCAUCUACAAACACACCACGUCCAUCUUUGAUGACUUUUCUCACUAUGAGAAAAGGCAGGAGGAAGAAGAGGAGGUGCGCAAGACUUUUGAACCUCCUCAGAUACAAAGCCGCUCCCGCUUGGAUCAGGAGCGACAAAACCGGAAUAAACAAUAG